AUGGUACUGAGACCCUACGAGCCAUCAUGCAAAUACUUUCCCAACACGUCUGAUAUCCUCGUUGUUGUUAAGACCGGGGCCACAGAGUCAUAUUCCAAAGUCCCUACGCAACUCAUCACCAUAUUAAGAUGUCUUCCGGAAUUCCUGAUAUUCUCCGACAUGGAGCAGAAUAUCGCUGGGUAUCACGUUCGUGACAGUUUGGACUCUGUACUCGAUCAAGUCAAAGAGAGGAACUAUGACUUCGACCUCUACCUCAAGCAGAAGGCUUGUAUUGUCGACCAGCAGAGUUGUAACUUAUACAGCGAACGAAACCUCAAGUUUGAAGGAUGGAGGCUAGAUAAAUACAAGAAUAUUCAUAUUGCUGAAAAGACCUAUCACUUACGCCCAAAUUAUGAUUGGUACCUGUUCAUCGACGCUGAUACGUAUGUGCUCUGGCAUAAUCUCGUCCAGUGGUUACGAAAGCUCGGGGAUCCUUCCAAGAAGCACUAUAUUAGAAGUAUAGCACUUCUGAAUAACUUCGCCUUCGCACACGGUGGUAGCGGAUAUAUCCUAUCGCGAGCAACGAUGAGGGAUCUUGCCAGAGAUCACCGCGGCAUCGCUAAUCAGUACGAUACGAAGGCUAGAGUAUCUUGCUGCGGCGAUUACCUGUUGAGUCUCGCCUUGAACGAAACACUCGGCAUUGGAGUUAAGCAAGCUUGGCCGACGAUAAACGGUGAGAAACCAUAUACCAUCCCUUACGGACCCCGCGAAUGGUGCCACCCUCUCGAUUUCGAGCAGCGAUUCUACCAGUCCCGAGGCGUGCCUCGUCCUAUCAUCCGGUUCAAGGACGUAUACCACGAGUUCGUCGCGCCAAAGCUCAUGACCAAGCGUGACGACUGGGAUAACUUGAGCGAGGAUGCGUUAUACCUGGACCCAGAGCAUAGCGGGCGCUAUCCGAAGUGGCAGCGGGAUAGCGCUAAGAAGCCACACCAGCAGAUCCGUGCCGCGGCCGUCGAGCUAGAUGCGCACAAGUCGUUCGAACACUGCCGUGAGCUAUGCGACAGCAAUCACGACUGCUUCCAAUUCUCGUACCGUGCGGGAGCCUGCGCAUACAACAGAUCCUUCCGGCUUGGUAAGCCAGCCCCGAAGGUGGACAACGAGGAAGAGAGGUGGGUAAGUGGCUGGAAGAUCGAACGGAUUCGCGCUUGGGUGGAGAGACAGGGGCAAUGUAAAGAGCCCGUCUGGCCUAAGAUAUAAUCUGUAUGUGGGUAUAUGUGAAUAUGUAUAGUCGGGCACUCGAAGCACGAGUUCUUUUGAUAGGGGAGGUGCUUAGUGGAUGCUGAUAGUUCUCUAG